AUCGAAUAACAUUCUAAACGUUAACUUUACUCUCUUUAGCUACUUUGGUGAGGAUAGUUUGUGCCGCGUAAGACCGUUUUCGUUCGACAAUAUAAAGGUGUAAUCUCGAAAAUGGCAUGGUUACGCAGUCGUGCUGUUUUCCAGACAUGUCGACGCACAUUUUUCCGUAAUUCAACAUGUUCGAAUGCUAAAAAAGAUGAUGAGUUGGCUGAUCCUCUCGAUCAUGCUACUGGUUUGGAAAAGCGGGAAUUACUUGCUGCAGCGGCUGGCAAUUUUGACCCAUAUCAUAUGAAGGCUAUUCAAAUAUCGCCAGAUAGUUCAAAGGCUUGCCCAAAUUUAGUACCAAGUGCAUUCAAAAGCCGAAUUGUUGGAUGUAUUUGUGAACCAGAUGCUGCACAUGUAAAUUGGAUGUGGUUACAUGAUGGCAAACCUAGGCGCUGUGAAUGUGGUCAUUGGUUUAAACUUACUGAAAAAGCUCCUCUUUAAUGUGGUUUCAGAUUAAUUAGUGGAUUAUUUAAAGCAUAGAAUUAACAUAAUAUUACAUUAACGACUGCCGUUAUUUAUUAUCCUUUCAUGUCCUAUCUUUGUAUUUUAUAAGAUAAUGCAUUAGUGACUGCAGGAAUUAAAUAAUGGAAUUUAAAAUAAAUUAUAUAACUCAUG